CAUUCCAACACGGGCACACAGCUCAUCCCAUCUCCAGCACAACAGGAGACAGGGGCUUGCAGCACACCUUGAGCCGCAGGGACCAUGACUGACAUGAGGGCUGCAUUCCUGGUGCUGCUCCUCUGGGCCGUGGCCUGUGCUCACCCUGUGCCUGGCCAUGAACCCACCCACUCCAGCACCCUGCAGAAGGGUACAGCAAAUGAAGAUUAUAUCGGCAAGCUGGGCAACCACCUAGAUGGUGGAGAUGGCAGACAUCCUCCUGCCAGUCCAGAGACAGGGGAAAAUGCCCUUGCCAGGGAGCUGAUGGGUGAGAAUGCCAUGGAUGAGGAGCUGGGUGAGCUCAGUGGCCAAGACGUGGGAGGCCGAGUUGGGCAGGUUCAGGACAUGAACCAGGUGGACCACGAGGACAUGGGCACCCACAAUGGAAAUGACCUUGGUUUCCUGGACGUGGAUGCACGUGAUGCUGAUAAUGGUGACAGUGGAGAGCACUACAACGCCGGAGCCAAUGGGUUUCCCUCCCAUGGCGGUGGGUUCCUGGAUGAGGAGGAUGACAGUGGGGACGACACCUUCGAUGCCAAUGGGGAAGAGGAAAGGGGUGAAGGCCCUACCUACGUGGCUGGUGCUGAUGGGGCAGGGGAGCACGAGCACGAAACUGGCCGUGGGGAUGUCGGGGCUGGUGGGGGGCACGGUGAGAGCAGCAGCAGCAGCAGUGAGAGCAUCGGGGCAGACCACCGGCGCUACAGGAACUACAGCUUUGGGCGCACUUACAGGCACGGAGGGGCCAGCAGCAGCAGCCAGGAGGAGGAGAGCUAUGACUUCCAGGAUGAAGCCAUGCAGGGUGAUGAUCCCUCUGUCUUUGAUGGCCCAGGCAGCAGCUACAGGAUACGCCACAGUGGCCCCCAUGCCCUGGGGAACAGCUGGGAGAGUGUCCAAUGGGCUGGAUCCCACCGCUGGGAGGAGGGUGACAGCAGGUCCCCUGAGGUGGAGGACGGUGACUCUGGAGAAGACAGCCCAUCCGUGGAGGACAACAGUCAGUCAGAAGAGUCUGUUGACAGUCAGUCAGAGGAAAAAAACUCCAGCCACUCCAGGGGGGAUGAGGAUGACAGCACAUCCAGAGAGGAUGAGAACAGCGAGUACAGGGAGGGCACUGAUGAACAGUCAGAUGAAGAGCCAAGGGAGACCCCAGAGCUAGUGAGAACCUUGAAUGAGCACAGCAAUAGCCAGACCUGGGAAGGGCAGGAGGACUGGGAUUCUGCUGAGGACAGGAGUGUGCUGUCCACACCUGACAGUGAGUCCAGGGAAGAAGAGGGUGAACAGAGCAAGUCCAGGGAAGAUGAUGAUGACCAGAGCCAGUCCUCAGAGGACACUGUGGAGGAGUCAGAGGAUGAGAAUGACUCUGUGCCAAGCACAUCGGCUGAGAGCCCAGAGUCCCCAGAGGAUGACAGCAGCCCAGAGGACAACACAGUUGAGGACAGCAGGUCCACGGAGAGCGACAACAGCGAGUCCCAGGAAGAUGAUGAUGACGUGGAGAGCCACUCCCAGGAGGAUGCCACCCACGAGUCCAGCAGCCACGGGGAUGACAGCUCCCUGCAGAGCCUGGAGAGCGGGGGCCGCAAGCGGCGGCUGGAUGCCCUCCGCCACAGACCUGCUGCUGACUAUGAUGACAAUGACUGCCAGGAUGGGUACUGACCUGUGCCCCAUGGCCUCAGCAGGGUGGGGGGUGUGUGGGGGGAGAGGGGGUAAUUUAUUAGCCAUAUAGCCUGGUUGACUUCUUCUCAAGAAGAUGCUGUGGUUAAAACGGAGUCAGGUUCGCCAGGGCUAAGCCUGGGCACACUACACAGGGAGUGAAAGAGUUGCCAGGCACAGGGAAAAUGCCAAACCACAGCAAGAAAAGGCAUUUUCUCUAUCAAUCUGGAGAGCAGCUGAGAGCUGUGAAUGCCAGCAGGGCGAUGCUGCCCACAAGCCCCCAGGGACUUGUCACUCCUGGGCAUGAUGGGCAGAAAGGUCCCUGUGUUCACCCCUCGUGUUUACCUACCACUGCUCUAAACACAUCUGCCCAGACUCCAGCUGGAGCUUUCCAUUAACUCAAUGUCUAGCACAUAAAAAGGAAAAGCUACAGCUGGUGUGCACAGGUGGUGCAUGGGCGCAGCAGGGUAUGAAGUACCACUUCAGGAUGGGAUGUAUGUAAUAUUUUUAUUAUUUUGUAAGAAAUGUACAGAAAACAUUAUACUGUAUCCUUUUUGCACUUGUAUUUCAAAGCUGAA